CCCGUCUCAAUCUCCACCGCCACCAACUGGGCGUUCAACUUCGCGCUCGCAUGGGCCGUCCCGCCCGGGCUGAGCAACAUCGCGUACAAGACGUACUUCAUCUUCGGCGCGUUCGACUUUGCCGCAUGCAUCCACUUCUUCUUCUGCUUCCCCGAGACGGCCGGGCGGUCUCUUGAGGAGGUCGAGGAGAUCUUCGCCCAGGGCCACGCCUUCACCGCCUGGAAGAUUGGGAGGGACGUCGGGAAGAAGACGGUGGAGGAUGCGAAGAAACAGGUCAAGGAACUUGAGCUGCACGAACACAUUGACGAAAAGGUUUCGGACGUAUAA